GGAGGCAUUCCAGUAAAAACGUGGGAUGUCUGAGCUCUCCUGGCACGGCCACGAUGCCCAGCUGGCAGUGGGUGAAGUGGAGCUCAUCUCAGGGGACACUGUUUUUAGGAUGUUUCUGAGCAGUCUGGGGUUUUCUGUGUGUUUCACCUCUGGUUUUACCUUUUUCAGCACCAACUGAACUGGGGAGAUCUUUGAAUCGCAGAAUUCAAGGAUUCCUGGAGCCAUUGCUGUGUGCAAAGCAUCCGCUCUCCUCUCUCUCAUUCAUGGUUUCACUGUCUGCAGGGCAGGUUUUCUCCCGCUGGAGCCGCCUGAGCCUGUCCUUACCCACCAUUAAAUCUUUCAGUUUCUCUUCCAGAGCCAACUCUCAUGCCUGAAAACUUUAAAAAGAAAGACGUGGUUGAAAUUUUGUCCCACAAAAAGGCCUACAACACAUCCAUCCUGAUCGCCCACCUGAAGCUGUCGCACGUGGAGCUGCGGCAGAUCCUGAUGACCAUGGAGACGGAUCGCCUGGAGCCGUCCCACAUCAAGCAGCUCCUGCUCUACGCCCCGGACGGGGAGGAGGUGCAGCGCUUCCAGAGCUACAAGGAGAACCCCGGCAAGCUGAGCGAGCCCGACCAGUUCGUGCUGCAGGUGCUGGGCAGGGGCGUGCCCCGAGACAGGGGCUGUGUGUGCCCUGUCCCUGCAGCAGGACACUCACACGUGGUGUCCCUGUCACACCUGGGGUGUCCCUGAUACACCUGAGGUGUCCCUGUCAUACCUGGAGUGUCCCUGACACACACCUGGUGUCCCUGUCACACCUGGGCUGUCCCUAUCACACCUGAGGUGUUCCUGACACACAUCUGGGGUGUCCCUGUCACACCUGGAGUGUCCCUGGUACAACUGGGAUGUCCCUGACACACCUGGGAUGUCCCUGACACACACCUGGGGUGUCCCUGAUAUA